GGAGGACGACGGGGGUUGUCAUCAAUCAACAUUCUUCCAGCUUGCCUUCUCCGCACCGUUGCCCAUCAACAACCCUUCUACUACGCUACGCUCGCUUGUGCUCAGCUCCCUCCUCGUUAUCUCAUAUUUGAGUCCAUUAAACAAACUUGGAGGAUGGCUGCGCAACCUCUCAACCCGCCUCCACCCCCAGAAUGGGUGGUCAGGCUAAACACCCCGAUGCCGCGCCCAAGCAAAGAGGCCGCCAAAAUCCCCGAUCCUCCAGGCUAUUCGAAGAAGAUGGGCGGUAAAAACCUUGCGCAACAGUCAUCAACCACCGCCGCGCCGACCAAGCCCGAGGAGACCGAUACCCUGAAGUUGAAGAAGGCCUGGGAGAUUGCCCUGGCUCCCUCCAAGCAAAUCCCCAUGAACGCGAUUAUGAUGUACAUGUCUGGCAACAGUCUCCAAAUCUUCAGCAUCAUGAUGGUCUUCAUGCUCUUCAAGGGCCCGAUCCAAGGCCUCAUCAAUACCAACACCGUCUUCACCAAGUUCGAAACCGAAGGCACACGGAGCAAGCUUCUGGGCGUCAAGGCCAUUUAUGUCGUAAUGCAGCUAGUCUUACUUUGCUUGGGUAUCUGGAAGGUCAACGCGAUGGGUCUCCUGCCGACUACGAGAUCAGAUUGGUUAGCGUGGGAGUCAGAGCGUCAAUCGUUGGAGCCGGCUUAUUUUGCAUUUGGAUGAAUCUCCAGGGUUUAUGUUCUAUAUUAGGUACAGAAUGUUGGCGCACGGAAAGUAUAAAAUGGCCCGAGGGUUGAUAUGAAACAAGUCUUUCGUGCAAAAUAACCGGAAUCCUUCGUCAAUUAGGCUCGUACUAGUUGCACGUGUGUAGCAGUUGCCAUACUUUUGUACAGUACAGAUGGCCACACUACUAGGUAGGGCCGCUCGAACUCCCAGAAUAAGCGGAGCUUCAAGGACAAGGACCAUUGAAAGACUAUAAUCAGGUGUGGGCUGGCCAAUCUUGGUCAAUCCUGCAGCCUGAUUAGUCUGGGUACGAUCCGCUUAUAUAUGCCCAGUGUAAUGAUAAAGGAGCUGAUUACGG